AUGUCUUUGUCUAACGAUUCCCUGUCGAAGCCGAGAUUGGAUGUGGCCAGUGAAGACAUCUUGAUCGAUCGCAUCAAGAAGAUGUCUCUGCCUAGUGAUACCCCGUCGAAGCCAGCGUCAAAUGUAGCCAACGAAGAAACCUUGAUCAUCUUUGAUCUUGACAAGACUCUUUCUGACCAUGACUAUUCUAUAAGGUCUCUGGAUGAGGUUUACCAUAAAUGGCUGAGCAAUGGAAUCAACCAUCAUGAAAAAGAUGUCGAGAAGCUCAAGCUCCUCUACAAAUACCUUGGGAUGCCGGAACCAACCGACGAUGAUAUGGAGUCUUUCACAAAUAUAUACAGGCCGACAUAUAGAUCUUGUCGAAGAGCAACUCCUGGAAGCAUUGAAACUCUUGUCAAAUUGCGAGAUCUCGGAUAUCGCAUCGGAAUUAUUACGAACGGACAGACCGAGCACCAGAUCGACAAGGCCAAAGAUAUAGGGGUUUACGAUUUGGUCGAACGAAUCAUCGCCUCUGAGGAAGUGGGAGUCUUAAAGCCAAGCAAAGAAAUCUUCCAAUAUGCUGCCCGUCACUUCGGGAUAUCUCCCGAAAACACUUACAUGAUCGGUGACAGUAUAAGUUGCGAUAUCCGAGGGGCUAUUGAUUCGGACUUGAAACAAGCUGUAUUGUAUUCACCUUCGUCUGGAAAAUCCUUCAAAGAGAUCAGUGGGCGGGAGAUACCUGUUAUCAAUCACAUGAGCAAGCUGCUUGGCCUCUUGGGCCAUGACUAA